UUCGUUUUAUUUUAAGUCAAAUUGUUGUUUAUUCAUUUUGUAUUUGUGGUUUUCAGUUACCCAUCUUUUAACAAAAUUCAAAAAUUUUGUGUCGUGCUGUUGUUUUGUUUGGAACGACCCUUCCGCCAUGGCGGCCGACGGCGUUUAUUCGUGCGAGUUUGAGGUGUUCGGCAAGGUGCAAGGCGUCUACUUCCGUCGGCACGCCAUGAGGAAAGCCAAGAACCUGGGUCUCCGCGGCUGGUGCAUGAACACGGACCGAGGCACUGUGAGGGGAUACAUUGAAGGUCGACCCGCCGAGGUGAAUGUCAUGAAGGAGUGGCUCAAGAACACCGGCAGCCCCCUGUCCAAUGUCGAGAGAGUCAAGUUCACUAGUGAGCGGAAGCGGCAAAGAUAUGGUUUUGCCAAUUUUCAUAUUAGGCCCGAUGCCAAGUCCGAGCCAGGCGGAGCCCACGAAAAGAGGUCGGAAAAUUAGAAAUGACAGCACACAGAAAAAGCUCUCAUCCCGGAACCCAUUCAACGUC